CCAUACUAAAUAGGAAACUGGACGUGAUGUGGAAUUAGAGCCUCCCCAGCUGAAGCCACCCAACACUUACUACAAAUAUACCCGCGAUGCGUAGGCCACAAAAUGGCUCCACUCACUUUUCCCAAUGAAAAGCAAAUGGAUUUAGCAGUUUUAUCCCGAUGCGGGUGUCCUCCCUCUCUGUAAAGUCGUAAGUACCUUGAGGUGGGAGGAGUAAAUUCAUCCUGACACUGAGAGCGCUUUUGUUGAAACAGGAGAGACUUGCGGUGUCCCUACUUAAAUAUGACACAUGACGAUGGACAGGCCGCCCGCCCCGCCGCCCCCCAGUGACCCCCGCGAUGCCCGCCCUCCCCGGCGGCACGACUCGGAACCGGAGACCACGAGCGAGCCGGAGAGCAGCCGCGGGGGCAUGGAUGCGCCGGCCGACCCCCAGCUGCUGCUCAACGGGGCGGCCAAGGAGGCGGGCCGGCCCUCCCCAGGGCCCCCCGCCGCCCCCGUGCCCGUCAUCGAGCUGGUGCGCCGGGGGGGCUCUCUGGACAUAAAAAGCCGGGAGGCGGCGGGGGAAACGAUGCAGAGAGCGCCGGGCGCUGAUCCGUGCCGCGCCGCCGAGGCCGCCUGCGAGGCCCGCAUGGUGCAGCUGAGCCCCCCCGCGCUCCCGCUGCAGCCCCCCGGCAGGGCCAUGCUCUACAACCUGGGCCAGCCGCUGGCCACCAUCAACAGCGGAUUUUUCGGCGAACCGGACUCCUUCUCCAUGUACGGCAGCAACCGAGUGAAGAGGAGACCCUCUCCCUACGAGAUGGAGAUCACUGACGGUCCUCAUACGAAAGUGGUGCGUCGCAUUUUUACCAAUAGCCGGGAGAGAUGGAGACAGCAGAAUGUCAACGGAGCCUUUGCAGAGCUUCGCAAGCUCAUCCCCACCCACCCGCCCGACAAAAAACUGAGCAAGAAUGAGAUUCUACGCCUGGCUAUGAAAUACAUCAACUUCCUGGCCAAGCUGCUCAACGACCAGGAGGAAGAAGGAAACCAAAGGGGCAAAGUGAACAAAGACUCUGGGAUAGUCCAGGAAGACCUCCUGCAGGACAUGUUGUCUCCCAACUCUAGCUGUGGAAGUUCUUUAGACGGAGCGGCGAGCCCGGACAGCUUCACAGAGGAGCACGAAACACUAGAUUCGAAGCACACGCGGAGCCUGCACCACGCGAUUCUCCCCGUCGAAGGCAACGCGCAGCGGUGAUGACCUCCCGCAUCGCUCCCGGAGCACCGAGGUGGGGAGGUGAGACCCAAGUGUGCAGACGCUGGAACUUGUGCUCCUGGGAUUUGUGACUCUGCCUUUCCCAGGGGCUCAGGCUCCCUGUCCUCCCCAGCCGGGGAUGGAGCAGCCGGUGCGUUGCCGAGGAUAAGACCAAACCAGAUGGAUGUUCAUUUAGGUACGUGAUCGUACAAAGAAGAAAAGCAUUGAAGUCCUCUUCAUUGUACAUACUGCUCAUGACGGGACUCUGCGGAGGGGCAGGAGGCACGGCCAGCACCCCUCCAGCACUUCGAGGGUUUUCAGACCAUUUGGCGACUGUUGCUUUUUAAACAGUUGCCUGGCUGAGACAUGAAACUCCUCUCUCACUGCCGAUGGAGGCCACUGAUGCAUUUCAGCUCCAUGUGGCACUGGAAACUGCUGAAACCUGCCAGCACUGUGACAUUUCUCCAGCCUGUGACAUACACGACUGGUUUGAGCGGGAGCUGAGGCCAUGCGUUCCUGUUGCCCCAGAGCUUUUGACUGUAUCUUUUUAAAGAGGUGAAAAAAUACCCUCAGCGAAAGAACAAUUAAAAGGAUUAAGACUUU